AUGGCCGCCGAUAUGGACAUCGACUUCACGCGCCGCAACAAGAAGCCGCGCCCGUUGUCUGAGCACGAGAAGGAGAAGCUGGAUGAGUUUGUUGACGCGAUCCACUACUCGGCAAGAUAUUCAGACGACGAAUUCGAAUACCGUCACGUCCAGCUUCCCAAGCAGAUGUUGAAGAUCAUUCCCAAAGACUACUUUGACGGCGCCAGAGGCACACUGAAGCUGCUGUGGGAAGAUGAGUGGAGGGCGUUGGGCAUCACCCAGAGCUUAGGGUGGGAGCACUACGAAGUACACGAGCCUGAGCCGCAUAUUCUUCUGUUCAAGCGACCCAUUAACUACCAGCCUCCUAUGCACUAA